UCGAUAGCCCAUGCAUAGAGCACAAUGGCUGCAAUAGUCGGUGCGAUCGUCACUCUCGCCUCCCAUCUCGAGCAAGAGGAGGUGGUGCAGAUUGAGACGCUCCUAUCGCGAUUUAAGCAAUUGUCCACUGCCGAACAAGACCAGGAACGGGCCUCUUAUGUGUCUGCAGCCUUCCCCCUGUUCUUCGGCCCCGAUGCCGUAGUGCAUGGGUCCAAUGGCUACGAGCCGCAGCGUCAAGUGCCUUGGUCCGCCAAUUGCUGGCUUCAGCCUCGCGUGAUUGUGCGCCCCGUGGGGGCCCAGCAAAUCGCCAUCGCUCUGGCUCUGUGCCGGUUUUUCCACAUCCAGUUCUCCAUCCGCGGUGGGGGGCAUUUGCAGAUUCCGGGCUUCACCAGCAACCAGGAGGGAGUGGUCAUCUCGCUUAGCGCGUUUGACCAGGUACGGCUGUCCGAGGACAAAUCGACGGCCGAUAUUGGGGUCGGGUUGCGAUGGCUGGAGGUGUACCGGCAGCUUGACGGGCACGGAGUGGCCGUGGCAGGAGGAAGAGUGCCUUCGGUGGGCGUUCCCGGUUUGUUGCUCGGCGGCGGCAUCUCCUUCCAGAACAGUCAGUAUGGCCUCGGCGCCAUGGCCGUCUCCAACUACCAGGUCGUCCUCGCCAAUUCACAAAUCGUCAAUGCCAAUGCCAAUGAAAACCCCGAUCUUUUCUGGGCCUUAAAGGGUGGCGGUUCCAAUUUUGGGAUCGUCACCAAAAUUGAGAUGAACACCAUCCCCAACAAAAUCUGGACCGAAGUCCGUAUCUACCCUCUCAGCGUUGCCGCCCAACUGCGCGUCGCUCUGAUGCAAUACCACGAGGCCAUCGAAACCGACAACAAGGCCUCCUUGAUCUACAACGCCACCAACGACAUCAUCCUCGUUGUCUACUUCUACUGCGCCCCCAUCGAGAACCCUCCCAUCUUCCAAUCCUUCUACGACAUUCCCUACCUCACUAGCUUCGUGUCCGCGGGUAUCCGCACCGUCUAUGAUCUAGUUCAGGCCGUCGCAUCCGUGAACGAAGCCGAGCCAACUGUCCACGAAUUCCGCACCAUGUCCAGCCGUCCCAGCAUCGAAGUCUACGAGGCUAUUGAGCGCGCCCACGCCGAACAAGCCGAAGCCCUCAAGGACUUGGAAGGAAUCGCCCUCACAACCGUCAUCCAGCCGAUGCCCUCGGUAGCUAUGCAACAAACCCUCAAGAAUGGUGGAAGUCCGUUGGGUUUGGAGCCUGUCGGACAGCAAUGGUUCCUCGCCCGUGCAGACUGGAAGCACAUCCAUGAUGAAGAGCGAGUGCGCGAGGCGGUGCGGAAGAUUGUCAAUGCGGCGGAAUCCGCGGCGAAGCGGACGGGCGCGUAUCUCCCGUACAAGUACUCAAACUAUGCGGCGCAGGAUCAGGAUCCGCUGGCGAGUUAUGGGGAGGAGAAUGUGCGGAGGUUGAAGGAGGUGGCGAGGAAGUAUGAUCCCGACGGGGUCUUUCAGGAGUUGCAGAAUGGGGGGUGGUUGCUGAGUAAGGUUGGCUCAUUGGAGGGGUAGGUUAAUACGGGGCUGUAUAUACUGUUAUGUAAUACUAUAUAGAUCUGAUCCUAGAUAGAUUUGAGGAAUGUAUAAAGAGUUCGUGG